GGACCAUCACGCCCUCCACCAGUUACAGCCCAGCCCACUGAUGCAUCACGGGAGUCGUAGGCAGGAGGGAUUCUGGGAAAUGUAGUCUGGGAACACCGCCCCCUUUGCUGUUCCUGUAAUGGCUGCUUCCCAGAAGGCCCUGUCACGUGUAAUCUCUUAGCCUUGGCGUCCGGAAAUCCAGAAAGGGAGAAUUUCAAGUCAGACAGAAGUUUACAUAUUGUUUCUUUGGAACUUUCAGCCCUCAACCUCCCGACAUCAUGACCUCAGUCUCAACACAGUUGUUCCUAGUCCUCAUUUCACUGCUUCUGGUUCUGCCUGUCGUUGAAGCAGUAGAAGCUGGAGAUGCAAUUGCUCUCUUGUUAGGUGUGGUUCUCAGCAUUACAGGCAUCUGUGCUUGCUUAGGGGUGUAUGCACGAAAGAGAAAUGGACAGAUGUGACUUAAGGGCCUGCUGAAUCAAACUGCAUUCUAAAAACCUUUGUACUGUUGAGACCUUACCUGACUUUGGUGUCUACAGUUACCAACAUACAGUGAAUAUGGUGUUUCCCAUGGGGAGAGGGGUGCGGAAUGCAUAUUUGUUAAGUGGGAAAAAUUGUUUUCUUUAUAACAAGUAAUGCACUGAAAAAUGCAGCCAAUAGUUUGUUACUUAAAAAGCAGGUCAAAACUGUAAGAUGGCUAAAAACGUAAUAUGACUUUAAAAUGAAUAAGUAAUAUUUCAUAAUUUCAAAAUUCCCAGAGCACAUGAAAAAGAAAUAAGUAAGUUCUUGCCCAGAAUUUUUCAAAUGACCAGUGUUUAGUUCUAAUUACUGCCUCCUGAAAGGUUGGGGAGUCCUUUUCUCCAUAUUUUCAGAUUUUUAUUUUGUUUUACAAGUUAAUAUUGUACUUCUAUAUCAAAUAGCCAAGCAUUGAAACUUUUAUCUCUGCCCCCCAGAGAAAGUUUAGAAAAAAAUAUACUCAUAGCUAAUAUUGGAAUGACAAAAAUGAAUAGAUUUAAUUUUUUUUACAAAACCUUUAUAUUGGCAUUGAAAUGGAAAAAAAAUUUACUGUAAUACAGAAAAAACCUUUUAUAUUGAAUGAAAUUCCCCUGGUGAGAAGUACAGUACUAUAUUAAAUAUAAACCUGUUAAUGUUGUAA